CUCUGGGGCUGAGGGCGGGCAGGCUGAUCAGCAGGGAAGCGUGCAUUAAGCUAAAAAACCCACUGGGAGGAGGGAGGAUGAGUCCAACAGGCUGAGAGGUGCUGCUUGUGGAGCUCCAUAUCCGGCUGGAGCAAAGGAAAACAGGAGGAAGCUGCUGCGGGUGCUACCUCAAUGUUGUCUGGGUCUUGCUGAUUAGUCCAGGGGAGCAACAGCACAGAGAGCCCCAACACAGCCGCAGCGGAAAAAGCAGAAGCGGCCCUAAGGCAGAUCCACCCCAGUCAUGAGCACCCUCUACUUGUGGGAUCAGCUGCGAGCCGGCAGCUCCGAGGUAGACUGGUGCGAAGAUAACUACACUAUCGUGCCCACGAUAGCCGAGUUCUACAACACGAUAAGCAACAUCUUGUUUUUUGUUUUGCCACCAAUAUGUAUGUGCUUAUUUCGUCAAUAUGCAACCUGCUUCAACAGUGGAAUAUACCUAAUAUGGACUCUGCUAGUUGUUGUUGGAAUUGGAUCGGUCUAUUUCCAUGCUACACUCAGUUUCCUGGGUCAGAUGCUAGAUGAGCUGGCUAUUCUUUGGGUCCUGAUGUGCGCUCUGGCCAUGUGGUUCCCCAGAAGAUACCUCCCAAAGGUUUUUCGAAAUGACAGGGCAAGGUUUAAAGCUGCAGUCGGUGUCCUUUCUGGAGUCACUACAUGCCUUGCAUUCAUUAAGCCUGCUAUCAACAACAUCUCGUUAAUGACACUAGGUGUCCCCUGCACAGCUCUGCUUAUUGCCGAGUUGAAGAGGUGUGAAAACUUGCGUGUGUACAAGCUGGGCCUCUUUUCAGGUCUUUGGUGGAUGUUAGCACUUUUCUGCUGGAUCAGUGACAAAGCAUUUUGUGAGAUCUGGUCUUCAUUUAACUUUCCGUAUUUGCACUGUGUGUGGCACGUCCUCAUUUGCCUUGCUGCUUACCUAGGCUGUGUCUGUUUUGCCUACUUUGAUGCUGCCUCUGAGAUCCCUGAACAGGGCCCUGUCAUAAAGUUCUGGCCCAGUGAAAAAUGGGCUUUCAUUGGUGUCCCCUAUGUCACCCUCCUCUGCGCACACAAGAAAUCACCCGUGAAGAUUACAUGAAAUCAAGCACUUAGUGGAGGGGACAAUCUAUUUAUUUUUUCAUCACAGACUGUACUUAGGUAAAGGUAGUGGCUCGGGUUGUUUUUUCUGACUAAUAUGCAUAUGGCAUUCACAAGUGUUUUGUUAACACAUGGUAAAAUAUGACCUUUCCUCACUUUUCUGGAGAGGAGGCUAGAAGGUUUAUUGUGGUGCUCCUGAAUAUUUAUCUUAGAACUCUGUAUUGACACUGGUUGGAUUUGUUUUGCACUCUGAUGAUAUAAUUCUUUCCAAAUAUCAAAGUUAAGGAUAUUUUUCAAGGUCGGCCAGAGCAGCUGACUGUAAGAGACUGAUUCUCUUUUCAUGUUGGUUCUGCCAGAGCUCUAUUUAGUGAAGGAACAGUGAGGGGGACAAAGGUGCCUCUAAGCCAUCUUUGUUCCUCCUCUAUUCUGUGCCCCGCUCCCAGUAUACAUUAGAGCCAUCCUGAGCGUGCUUUACUUUGCACCUGGAUGCAUUUAGCCAUAAGUGGCCACGGUGGUAUUCCAACUACAUGUUUUUUUCCACAGUCAUGUCUCCACAUGUGGACUGCAGAGGGGGUAGUGUAGAGCCAUUGUGGCAGCUCUGCACUGCAUGGGAAAUUCCCCAGUAGCUAAAUACUUUAGCAGAGCUGCAGAAGAGGGUGGUAACAAAGGAAAAUCAGACCUGGAAUUGUUACACUGGUGUAAAACAAGGGUAAGUCAGAAGAGGAACAGGCCUUAAAUUCAAAUAAGACAUUCAGGAACCCUAAAUUCCUGAUGUUUUCCUCAAACAGUUCAGAAUGAAAUGACGGUGUCUUUUGGCUAAAUUAUUUACAGGAUGCUAAUGAUUAUCAGCUCGUGUGGGGUGUAGUGGAACCUGGUAGCCACUACAGACUUAUUUAAAAAUACAUAUAUUCCCAAUAAGCAUAUGGAGAUGGUUAUAAAAAUCCCCUUCUAUCUCUGGGCUUUAAUCUUUUUUCUCCAGAUGUGGUAAAGUUUAAGGGUGAGACUUUCAUAAGCAUUUGAUAUUUGCCUAACUGCUCCCACAAAAUUAUAUGGGAGUUGUACCAAUAACUUCAAUGGGAGCAGUGUUCAGCCAAUUUUGAAAAUCCCACCGUAAACGAUUAACACUAAAAUUUGGAUUAAACUAUUAAUAAAUAAAACAAAACCCUAUACUCCAAGUGCAGUUAGUGAGAGUUAGUUUCUGACUAAUGCCUUUCAAGUAGAAAUAAAUACAGCUGUAUCCUAAUACCCUGGUAGUUGUAUUUAGUAAAGGUAAAUGACCACUUAAAAUUGUAUUUAGGGCCUGCAUGUCCUUCCAGUAAGCAAUGAAGUUUAAAACUUCAAUGAUUACAUUCUUUGAAGGAAUGUGUGGUAUAAUUUUUGCCAUUUGUACCAACCUGUCUUGUAAAACAAUAGGGACACCCCAAAGGGGUAGCAUCUGAAUCCAGUUUAGUUUUAAAGCUGCUGGUUGGUUUUUGACUCCUAGUUAGGGCUAUGGUUGAAAGUCACUUGCACUGAAAUCUUGCAGGCUGUUUUCACAAGUUUUUAGGACAAAAUGAUGCAAGGAAAGAGUCACUGAUUUUCUGAGACUUCUGUCAUCUUUAACUAUUGAGAUCAGCUGUUCUUCUGAGAGUCUGGCUGCAACUGAACCAGGAGAGUCUGGCUGCAACUGAACCAGGAGAUAGGCGCCUUACUGUUUGAGAUCCAAAUCAAUACCAAAACCAUAGGGGUUGGGCUUCAAGGAAUUGGAUUUGAGGUUCUGGUUGUGGCUUCUGACUUACUGGUUAAGCGAGAGAAGAACCGGGUCCUGGAACUUUAAGCAUCCUCUUACACUUGGCUGCUAUGGUCACAGAAAUGAACUUUAUAACAGUUUUUACUUGGGAAUAUGCUACUGAGAGAUGAAAACCCAGAUCCUCUGCUAUGGAAUGGUGCCGCUUGUGGAGCAGGGGCAAGGGAGGAUGUGCAAAGAUCUGCUCCCGCAAUGCUGGUCUGGCUGUAUGCUGGUCUGGUCCCCUGAUGUAGCUUAAGUCAGCCUCGAAGGAUCAGCUGGGUGUAGAGAAGCCUCAACCAAACCCUGUAUCCCAACAGCAGGGAAGGGAAGGAGGGUGAAGGAGCCAGUACCUUGGCUCUACACCAGCAGAGGGUUCCCAUAUAUGAGGCUGUACCUCCCUUGGUCAGCUAUGCUAGACUUAGGGCCAAAAUCUGCCUGUGGUGUAUCGUGAAGUGAAUAUUGCACACUGGAAGGUUUGAUACAAAUAGUCCUGUAGAAAAACAUAGACCAUUUCAGCCCAAAUGCUGCUGAAUUCUUUACUACAGAAGUACCAAGGGAGGAAGCAUCCCCAAAGUCUGAAGAAAGUGAUAUGUCACACUAGAUUGAUCAGCCCUUCCCAUUUCAAGAGCCGCUAUCUAUGUGCCAGAAUAAACACAUUCCUUUAUUUAUAGAACAUGGUUCUAGAGGAAAGACAAAUAUAAAAUGGUAUGAACCAAAACGUACUCUGCUCCAAUGAACACGUUAGUUUAAUUGGAAAAAUCAUGAGUGACUAAGAAGAUGAAAAGACACGGCCUGAUUCUCAACUGCCCUGCACCUUGUGUCGUUAUUUCCGCCAGUGCAAAGUGCUACCGAAACACUAGCAUCAAUGCAAAGUGCUACCAUAACACUACUAUCAAUGACCACAUGAGAUACAGGGCAGUUGAGAAUCAGACCCCCCCCACACACUCUAAAGCCAUAAACUCUUUCCCAAUCAAUGACUCUUUCAAUCUUCUUAAGUUACAGUGGGGUUUUUUCUCUCUCUCUCCUUGCAGUAUAUAUCAUUUAGGCUGGGGGGGGGGGGAAACCCUUUUAAGUGGGAUCUGCAGCCAACUUUUUUUCACUUUAAUGGUCCAAUCCUAUUCCAUUAAAAUCCAUGGCAGAACACUAAUUGGUUUGCAGGAGCAGGACCUUAUUUCCCUAUAUUUCAGAAGUAUAACAAAAACUAAGUAGAGGUGGGGUACACACAGGUCCAUAUUUUCAACAGAUCCUUUGAUAUUUUUUCUGGGGGGUGCCCAAUUUGAGGCACUUAGGGCUUGAUUUUCAGAGGUGUUGGGUGCCCAGAGCACUAGAUGAAAUCAGUGAGAGCUGCAGAACCUCUGACAAUUCACAUGUUAGGGGUGAGGUUUUGUGUGGCCCCUCUAAGAAGUGCAGCAGAUAACUCUGAAUCUAGGGGGAGAGUGAUUAAGGCAGCCUUAACCAUCUUUGCACUGUCCUGAUCCUUGGCUGUUCCAGGGACUGAAACAGCCCCCAGAAUAACUUAGACCCCUCCCCCAGGGCUAUGUAAGUUAUGUCAGACUCCUGGCACUGCCAUAUGGGUAGGGCCCUACGAAAUUCAGGGUUCAUUUUGGUCAAUUUUAUGGUCAUAGGAUUUUAAAAAACGUAAAUUUCAUUAUUUUAGCUAUUUAAAUCUGAAAUUUCAUGGUGUUGUAAUUGUAGGGGUCCUGAAGGCAGCAGGGCAGAAGUAAGGAUGACAUGGUAUGGUAUUGCCACCCUUCUGCGCUGCUCCUGGCAGGGCGCUGCCUCCAGAGCUGGACACCCGGACAACAGCUGCUGCUCUACAGCCGCCCAGCUCUGAAGGCAGCACAGGAGUAAGGGUGGCAAUACCGUGACCCCCCUAAAAUAACCUUGUGACCUCCCUGCAACUCCCUUUUCGGUCAGGACCCCCAAUUUGAGAAACGCUGGUCUCCCCCGUGAAAUCUAUAUGUUAUAGGGUAAAAGCACACAAAAGACCAGAUUUCACGGGGAGAGACCAGAUUUCACAAUCCGUGACACAUUUUUCAGUGCCAUGAAUUUGGUAGGGCCCUACCUAAGGGUCAUAGCAUUGCCUGGAAUCUCCACAGUACUGCAUGUCAUGUUCCUGUCCUCCAAUUCACCCCUCCCACUCCUGGACCCACCCUCAGUAAAACCCCUGUGUCAGGAUUUGUGAGCGGAUCCUCACAGGGCAGCCUUAUGGAUGUCUUGUGUAGUGCCUGCGCCAGGGGAAACAUCGCUUAGGAGGAACCGGGGCUUUCAAGCUUCUUUAUGCCUGUCCAGUCCAUUUUACUCAGUGUAAAGGGGCCAAAGUGGGGGUGAGGAUUUCCCCGUAGGUGUGUCAAUAUGGGCACUCCAGACCUAGGGUUCACAUUUUUCCAAUAAUGUGUAAUAAAAACAAAUACAAAUCUGCUGUGGAACAAGAAGUAAAAUGAGUGGUUUAGCAAUAUAAAGCGAAGAUGCUGUCUCAUACCAGCAGGCUUCAUGCUAGCCUUUAGUUGAUAACAUAAACCACAUUUGUUAACAUUGAUUGGCGUUCAGAUACAGAGUAUUUAGUAGUACUCAAAAUAACCAUGAAAAUGCAAAUAAUUGUGAACAGGUCAGAAUUAUAUGUAAAAUGUAUAGUACAUUCCCAUAAACUUGAAAAAUAGGUGUUAAGCAUUUGGCUUUUCUGAAAUGUAUUAAAGCCUGAAUAGAUAGAAAUGACCAUAGACACCACCCUCAAUCCUUAAUUAAAUUCUGAAUUCAGUGGUUAGUGUUUUCCACCAAUAUGAUUUUUCCUCAGUAUUCUAGGCCAGAUCCUCAGCACUUUGAGCAGCUUCAGCACGUAAAAAAGGGACGUGUAGCCAACUUAACUAGUUACUUGGGGAAUCCCUGGGUGAUAUAGAGCCAGUGACAGCUGCAUGCUUCUCAUCUUUGCACCCCAUCCCUAGGGAAAAGAGCAUGGGGCCAGACAUUCACUGCACUCUGACUCUACCCAGGUGCUGGCAUAGCCCCUUAAGGCUGUGAACAGCUGGGUACAACUUAGAGCAGCACUGAACAUCUGGGCUGUUCUAAGUUGUGCUGUAGGUGGGUGUCUGAAUAACACCAGGGAGGCACUAGGAUCAGGAAGACUCAAAAGACUUGUGAAUUCACAUUUGCCCCUCUCACAUCCCACUAGUCCUACACUAAGGCCAGCUCUACCAGACAGGAGGAUCAGGCCCUUUGUGUUAAAGUAGCCGGCAGCACAUUUCUGCAACUGACCAAAGAAUGGCACUGGACUUUAGCUUGAUUCUCCUGCUAACUAGGGUCUCAUUCCUCUUCAGAUUAUGUGCAAUAACCUCUUUUUUUGUAAAGACAUGUUAUAUUUCCUUUCUGUGUGCUAGAAUAAGAUCCCCCCAACUUUGCUAAGAAGUCUUACUGCUGGACAGAAUUUGCUAGGGACAAAAACAGGUGCACCAGCAGGUACUGGCUUUAGGAAACAAUGUUUUCAGUAUUACAGCUAUUGGGUGGAAUAGCAGAUUUAAAGUAUUUUUACUUCAUCUUCUGUGUAUAACUUUUCUAUCUAAAUUCAUUCUCAGAGAUAAGGGGCCAAAUUCUGCAGCCCUUAAUUGAGUCAGACUCCCACUGAAGUUAAUUGGGAGUUCUGUACCCACGCUUAAAGGAAACCUAUAGAUUCCGGGCAUAUGCUAUCUUUUUUGGGAGUUUAAAGCCGGUAAGCAACUUGCUACCUUUCUGAAAAUUUUGGAUCUUCUAGAAUCUAAGAGUCAGAUCCUACCUGUGAUCACCCCCAUUCUCUUCAGUGGAGCUAUGUUGAUUUAUACCAGCCGAGGAUCUGGCCCUUCUCUCUUCUGGUCACUGUGGGAAACAAACAGUUUUUAAAUUAAAAUCUUUUGUACACAACCUGUUUGUUAGAGUUUAUAUAAUAAUGUUUGUUACUCUCUACUAUACAAUUGCUGUAUCCCUUCCCUCCCUCAAUAAAGUUAGUGAACACUCAGUUUGUAAUACUUCUCAGAUAUUAAAAUAGUUUUACUGCCAGCUCUUCAUCAGAAUGGUGUUCACUUGCUGGAACCUAUCAUUUUUAUAUUGCCUGAUAAAUCCCCAGUUCAGAUAAGGUCUAUUUAAUACUGUGUACUAAACUGUUUUGUAUAUUGUAAGUCAUUUUCAGCAUUGUUUGUGAGACUCGUGAUUGCUGAGGUUCACACUACUAGAAGCGAUGAGAAUAAAUUCUACUCAUGCUUUUUAUUAAAUAAAAAAAACAACUUCCAAUGUUUUAAGGGCAGGCUGUGAAAUCCUGAUCACUAAUCUCACUGUCACUGGGAAGUAGUUUUUAUAAAUGAGUGGCAAUUGAGUACCUAGUUAUCUCAGAAGUGAAUGAAUGCAUGUACGUGUACUCUGUAUGUUUUGUUAAACUAACCUCUGGCUUCUGUACUUGUAAUAUAUGUUUAUGCAAACAAAAAACAUUCCAUUGAUGUACAGAAGUCUAUUGCAGAACUUACUGUGUAAGGAGGAAUUCCACUCUAAAUAAGUGCUCUCAGUCCACCUUUUUUAAAUACUGACUUUUCAAAAUGUAAUUGUUGCACUUUAAACUCCUUAUAAAAUAUUAAAUUAAUUUAAUCUCUUCUGUCAAGGCCACAUGGUUCUUUGCUUUGUUUUAAUUGUGCAUUGUGGCCUUAUGAGCCAUAAUGAAAACAGAGCUCUGUGAACUUCAAAGUAAAACUUUUACCUUUUUUCUGAACUAAGGCCCUGAUUCAGGACAGCCCUAUCCAGAAAAGCACUAAAGCUUUAAAUAUGUGCUUAGGUGCUUUCUUGAGCUGAGCCUAAGGUCCUUAUCCUGCAGAUGCUUAAGCACAUGUGUGAAUAAUCUCUGGUGUGUAAAGUGACUUGAGUGCAUGGGAUUGGGGCCAAAGGGCCCAAUCCAUUUCCCAUCAGAGGUAAACUGGGCCUUGUGUUUUUAGAUUCAGCUAGUGUACUAUAAGAUUAUUAUAGUUAACUAUUGUUUUUAAGUUUGUUGUUCAGAAUCUUGAUCACUUUUGUAGGGGUGCAUUCUUUAUAAACAAAAAUAUUAUUUUAAGGUAUAACUAUUUUAAUAUAAAGACUGUGUGUGUAUGUAUAUAAAUAAAUAGAACUUCCUUCAUAUAAAAUUGUUAAGCCUUAUGGACUUCAGCGGGUCUGAUUUUCAACCCCAUGCUAGAGUCAUUAACCACUGGAAUAAUUAACCAAGUGUCAUGGUUGAUUCUCCAUCACUGACUAUUUUUAAAUCAAGAUUGGAUAUUUGCAAAAAGAUCUGCUUUAGGAAUUAUUUUGGGGAAGUUCUAUGGCCUGUGUUAUACAGGAGGUCAGAGUAGAUUAUCAUCAUGGUCCCUUCUGGCCUUGGAAUUUAUGUGCAUUUACACAGAGGCAAAUGUGUGUCUACUUUUCACAGGCAUGUCCUGGCGGUACACAGGCAUGUCCUGGAGGUAAACAGCCUUUACACAUACAUGUUCUUUUAAAUAUCUGAACAUGUGCACAAAUGUACACCUACUGGGGACUGAAAAUCAGACCUAGUGUCUCUAAAAGGGGCAGUAAACGUAAUACCUGUAUUUUGUGUUUUACUUGAAGACUAUGUAUUGAAAGUUUACAGAAAGUGUGUAAUUAUUUUGCAAUAUUAAAUUACCUUUAGAACAAAUAUUAUUUGUAUCUUUAAAUUUAAAAUGCUUAUAAUAAUGUGAACGAUUGCAUAUUACAGUCAGCUAUAUUAAUACAGGAUGGUACAAGCUGUAGGGAUAAGGUAAAGGGCAAUGA